CUCAGCCUCAGUUUGCAGCAUUUGCGCAGGAGGCAGUGAAGCUGAUCAGUUGAAGGGCAUCAAAUGAAACAAGAGGAGAGCUUGCAGCGGGUCCUCUUGAGUUUUGCGUGGAGCCUGUCUUCAAAGCCAGGAGACAGUCCGUUUUGAAAACAUGGCAGAUAAAUCCAAUUCUUUUUCAAGCAACAAGGAAGAGAAAUCGGACGGAAAUAAUGUGUUUCAGAGGCAAGACUCGAUACAGAAGAACAAUAUGGGAAGCCAGAACAUGAAAGACCAUGGCAACUCAGUGGGCUUUAAGAUGGAUCGUGAAGAAGCCGUGGUCGGGUUCGAAGAUUUGGAUGGGUCAUCUAGACAAUCUGGCUUUAUGCAGCGGCAAAUCGGGGCCAUGCUUCAGCCCGGGGUUAAUAAGUUCUCCCUUCGAAUGUUCGGCAGUCAGAAAGCAGUGGAAAAAGAACAAGAACGGGUCCAAACUGCAGGAUACUGGAUAAUUCAUCCCUACAGCGAUUUUAGGUUCUACUGGGACUUGAUUAUGCUCAUCAUGAUGGUGGGGAAUCUAAUUAUCAUUCCUGUUGGAAUAACAUUCUUUACCGAGCAGACAACAACUCCAUGGCUGGUUUUCAAUGUAGCCUCAGAUACCAUCUUCCUAGUGGACCUUGUUAUGAACUUCAGAACUGGGAUAGUCAAUGAGGAGAGUUCGGAAAUCAUCCUGGACCCCAAAGUGAUAAAGAUGAACUACUUGAAAAGCUGGUUUGUUGUGGACUUCCUUUCAUCCAUACCAGUGGAUUAUAUCUUUCUAAUCGUGGAGAAGGGAUUCGAUUCAGAGGUUUAUAAGACCGCCAGAGCACUUCGCAUUGUGAGGUUUACAAAAAUCCUCAGCCUGUUGCGCCUCUUAAGACUUUCACGACUCAUUAGAUACAUACACCAAUGGGAAGAGACAUUGAUCUUCCACAUGACAUAUGAUCUCGCAAGUGCAGUGGUAAGAAUAUUUAAUCUCAUUGGAAUGAUGCUUCUUCUUUGCCACUGGGACGGUUGUCUCCAGUUUCUGGUGCCACUUCUCCAGGAUUUCCCUCCAGAUUGCUGGGUGUCGCUAAACGGUAUGGUUAAUGACUCCUGGGGUAAGCAGUAUUCAUAUGCCCUCUUCAAAGCCAUGAGCCACAUGCUGUGCAUCGGGUAUGGUGCCCGCGCACCUGUCAGCAUGUCUGACCUCUGGAUUACCAUGCUGAGCAUGAUUGUGGGUGCCACCUGCUAUGCCAUGUUUGUGGGUCAUGCCACCGCCCUUAUCCAGUCACUGGACUCUUCACGCCGGCAGUACCAAGAAAAGUAUAAGCAAGUGGAGCAAUACAUGUCCUUUCAUAAGCUGCCUGCGGACAUGCGACAGAAGAUCCAUGAUUACUAUGAGCACCGCUAUCAGGGCAAGAUCUUUGAUGAGGAAAAUAUUCUCAGUGAGUUGAACGAUCCACUCAAAGAGGAAAUAGUUAACUUUAACUGCCGGAAACUAGUGGCAACUAUGCCCUUGUUUGCGAAUGCAGAUCCCAACUUUGUGACGGGCAUGCUCAGUAAGCUGAAGUUCGAGGUGUUCCAGCCCAAUGAUUACAUCAUACGAGAAGGCACUGUUGGAAAAAAGAUGUAUUUCAUUCAACAUGGAGUGGCCAGUGUGAUCACAAAAUUGAACAAAGAGAUGAAGCUCACAGAUGGCUCUUAUUUUGGAGAGAUCUGCCUGCUUACCAAGGGGCGCCGUACAGCCAGUGUGAAAGCAGACACCUACUGCCGCUUAUAUUCUUUAUCUGUGGACCACUUUAAUGAGGUUCUUGAGGAAUACCCAAUGAUGAGAAGGGCUUUUGAAACUGUGGCCAUUGAUAGGCUUGACCGUAUUGGGAAGAAGAACUCCCUUCUGCUUCAGAAGUUCCAGAAAGACCUGAAUGCUGGCGUCUUCAACACACAGGAGAACGAGAUCCUGAAGCAGAUUAUCAGGCAGGACAGGGAGAUGGUGAUGAUGGUGGAUCGCAAGCCAUCAGUCACAGGGAUGAAUUCCACCCCGAUCUCUGGAAACUCCAUCAUUAACUCUCCCGGUCAGCUGCCAUAUACCGCUGCCCUCAGCAACUCCCAAUUCCAGCAGUCUGCACCAUUAACCUACAGUACACCUUCCACAAUGGUACCAAGGGUCCUGUCGGGUCCUCCACAACCUGCCUAUGCUGUGCCAAGUAUGUCACAUGGCAACCUGAAUUCGUCCUCCCCCAGCCCCCAAACACCCCUGCAGCAGCAGCAAUGUGCCGUCAUGUCACCUUGCUCCUUCACUACUGCCGUAUGCAGCCCACCAGUUCAAAGUCCUCUGGCAGGCCGAACUUUCCAAUAUGGUUCCCCAACAGCGUCGCAGCUGUCUCUCAUCCAGCAGUCGCUGCCUCCGCCUCCAACGCAGCAGCAGCAGCAACAGCAACAAGUACCUUCACCGCAGAGAAGCGACAUACACAAGAGCACCCAGGCGCUGCACUCCGGCAGUCUGAGCCGAGAAGUGAGGCCUCUCUCUGCCUCCCAGCCUUCACUGCCCCAUGAGACCUCCUUGCUCUCCAGACCGCACCCGACUUCAGGAGAGUCCUUGGCCUCCAUCCCCCCGCCAGUGUCAGCAGUGCAAGGGACAGGCCUGCAGAGUGGCAUCCGAACCACUGUCCCACAGAGAGUGACUCUCUUUCGACAGAUGUCUUCGGGGGCUUUGCCUCCUGUCCGUGCCCCCCCUGCAUCCCAGCACAGGGAUUCUCUGGGCUCCAGAAGAGAAUCAACAGUCUUAAGUAGUACAGAGACAGACCAAGACAAGUUACGUUUUGCAUCAAAUUUAUGAUUCCCUCUGACUUUUUUUUUAAACUUUAAUUUAUUUUUAUUGAAACAGGACACUUUAAGUAAAAGAAAAAAAUGGAGAGUAUUUUUGUUUUCUCAAAGUUAUUUGAAAAAAAAAACAACUGAUAGAUCGCCUGUACAGACUGCCCUUGUAUUAUAUUUUAGUCACGUUCAACUCAAGAAUGUAUAUGAUACAACUACAGUACAUAUGGGUACAUCCAGCUAGAAUACUUGGAGCUGACUACUAUUAAACUUCAUUGUAAACACUAGUCUUCCUUUAUUAUGUUUUCUGAAGUAUAUGAAGAAUAUUUUCUGUUUUGGUUGUCUUUUUGUUUUAUAACCGGAAUGCAACAUGAACCCUAGCCCUUGACUGGAAAUUAUCUUUCUUUUUCAUGGAUCAGAAAACAAAAAAAGACAAUUCCUCAAGUGCAGCAUCAAUGCCAUCACUGUGGAAAAUAAAAAAAAAUGAAAAUGAAAACUGUGUAUACCUACUAAAGUAGCUUACUUUUCAAAUCUGAAAAAUUUUGUUGAAACUAUUAAAGUAGAUUAAAUUGUUAGAUGUUCAAUGACUUUCUGCAAUACUUCUAUAGAAGUACAGUCCUUGAAUACUGGUUAAUUAAGACCAUGGCAGUGUUAUGGGUCCAAAGGGAAUAAAGGAUAUAUUUGCUGCUUUUUUUUAGAAAAGGAUGACGUUCGUCUGAGAGUAAGAUGGAUGAUACUCUUUUUCUAAUAUGAAUUUCAGAAAAAGAUGGACAUUAAUGUUGCUUAAUAAAUAUGUGUACAUUUAUAAUAUUUAUAAACUGAAAAAUAUCACCAUUAUGCAAUAGACUGUGAUAUAAAAAUGAACUAUAUGUGUGUUGUAAAUAAUUUUGUAGGUGUAGUACUUCCUGAUACUGUGUGGUGCAUUCUCAGUCAUGGCAAUGUCUUAUUUUAAUCAAGAACAUGGUAUCAUCUAUAAAAGACACAUAUAUGUAUAUAUGUAAAGUUUUAAAUAAAUAGGAUAUUAAAAAUAUGGGUAGAGGAUUAACAGCAAAACACUCAGACAUAAUCAGGGAUUAGUAAACCUUAAUGCAAUUGUUGGCAUCCUUAAAGAGACGACACAGGUCAAGAAAAAAAUAAUUAUACUGAGAAAAUCUGGCUACUUCUAUUUUUUGUAUUUGGCAAUGGGUGAUACAUAAUAGUUCAAAGGAAAAAAUCAAUUUCCCAGCAAGUAAAGGCUCAAGAGCAUUAGUUUAAAGUAUAGAGCACUUUAUGUGUUUUUAUCUUGUUUAAAUUGUUGUGAGAGCAGUAGGUUACUAUUGUCCCAUUGGAAAAAGAGGCUGCAUACAAACGGAAACAGAUAAUAUUACUAGGCAACAUUAAGGGAAGCUAAAACACCAGAAACAUUCAUUCAUACAGUACUUCCAUCAGAAUUACUGUCUUUAAAGUUCUGUUGCUUCCAUAGAACUGGGCAUCUGUCCCUUAGUUUAAAAUAAAACAAAAAAAAAUGCAUUGCAACUACAAUAAAUGCAUAUACUGCAAAGAAAAGUCUGCAAUAAAUAGGAGCUCUACAAUAAAAAGGAAUGUGAAGUGGAAUUAGCCACUUAUUGAGCCAGUAAAUAUGUUGCCUUCUGUGCCCUCAGGCUGCCAAAAAGCCAUGCAUAUUGAUCAUGUGUCUUGCAGUAUUCAGAGAUAUACAAACACAUGGAUGUCCUGGCAUGGUUUUCUUUGAUGUAGUGCAGCCUAGACAUUUUGAACCAGUAUUAAAUUUUUUAAGCUGUUUUCUUGUUAUACAGGUAUGGUAUUUAAUACACUGUUAAAAUAUAUUAUUUCAUUUGAAAUAAAAUUAUGUAUAACAGCUUUUAAUGUAAAAUGCUUUGUAAUGGAUACUUUUCUUGGAAGACAAAGAGGUUAUAUUUCAAGUUCAUAUUUGUUUUCACUCAGCUUCAGAAAGGUAGUAUGAUAAUGUUAUCUGAAAGACUAAGACAAUUCAAUGGAAGAACAACAAUAACAAAAACAGUAAGAGAAAGUAAUUGUGUCUCUACCACUGUCAAGAAAUCCUACAUUAUGCGAGAUAAUAAGAUACAAGUUAUUUUUUUCUUUAGGUUGGUUUUUGGUUUAUCAGGUAUAGCACAGUGUGUUCUGCUCAAUACUUGUCAUCCUGAAUAUUCAGGCAUUAAAAGGGCAUUAAUUCAGUUCACUAUAUCAAUUCAGCAUUUACUGUUAAUAAUAUUGCUGUUAGAAGUUGUAAAAACAAUAGCAAUAGUAGUUAUGUUUUCAAUAAUGCAUGUAAAAGUUUAUCUUGUAUGCUAUAUUUUUGUUGUUUGAAAGGAUUUACAAAAGCCUUCUAAACUGGGAUGUCAAAACAUGAUGCACCAAAUUUGUAUUCCACGGUUUGGAUGUACAGUACAAAAGUUGAGAUGCUAAAUUUUGACAUAUAGAGAAUGUAAGAAAGGGACCAAUUGGGAAUUAUAGAUCUAUCUGUAUAUUUCAGAUGCCUGGCAAUACUGUCGCUCUUUUUUUAAAAAUGCAUUAUGCACACUAACUGAAACUGCUACUCAAAUCAUAGUCUCAGGAACAAAUUAAGCUGGUUUGCAUUAAGGUUUCUGUCUCUUUUUUCUGGUUAUCUAUUAUUGAAACUUCAGAUUUCAUCUACAUAUUAUGUCAGACAGUCCUACCUAAAGCAUGCAUUGUCACAAGCAGCCCGUAAAUGUUAUUUGUUUUAAAUACUUAAAUGAAAAUACUAUUUAAAAUACUAUUAAUAUUAAGUGUAUUGUGAGAUUACAUUUUGUUCAUUGUCUGCCUAGACUUUACAUAUGUGUGUCUGCAGCAUCUAAUUUUCAUAAAGGACAUUCUUAAGUAUUUGUGCCUAAACUAUAGCCAUGUUUCAUUCUUUGUUGCUAUACGUAUAUGUAUGUAUGCAUAUAUAUAUAUAUGCAUAUAUAAUACGGAUGUAAGUUUUGUUCAAUGUUUGGAAGAGAAGAUCAUGACUGUGUUGAAGAAAGCCAAAUGAACUAUGAUGUUAAAACGGAUUUCUAUGGUUGAAUCUUUGGAUGCAGAGUGUGGCUCUAUCUGUAAAAGACUUUCUUACUUCUGAUAUUGCAUAGGAAAUUAUUAGGCAGUGUAAGAAGAUUUCCUUAGAAUGGUGAUAUUAUCAGGAAGAUGAGACAUCUUAGUAAUUUAGAGCACCUUUUCUAAAUAAAAUUAGCCACUUAUGUUUGAUUGAA